AUGGAAACAGUCUGGGAUGUCAAGUAUGUCACUGUCACGGUCACUGCUGGCCAGGAGCCCACUCCCUACCCCGGCCAACUUUUGGGCGAGAAGCCCAACGAUUCCGAGGACGAUAUUCCCACGCCUAUCUUCUCGACUGUGACGGUGGCUCCGAGUCCUUCGCCGAACCCGGCUCCGGCUCCGGCUCCGGCUCCUGCUCCUGCUCCGGCCCCCAACCCGCAGCCCCAGCCCGAGCCGGAGACCGAACCUGAACCUGAACCGGAACCCGAACGCCAACCGGACCCUGCCCCUCAGCCCCAGCCUCCAUCCGCACCUUCGCCCCCUACGACGAACGACCUACAGGAGGCGGCUCUGUUCUCUCACAACAUUCACCGCCUCAACCACUCCGCUCCUGCCUUGACCUGGGGCAGCGACUAUGCCAGCUAUGCCCUUCAGACAGCCAGGUCCUGCGUUUUUGCCCACGACUUGACUCCCGGUGGUGGUGGCUAUGGACAGAACCUUGCCUUUUGGGGAGCUACCGACGGGGAUAGGCUCGGUGCCCCCGCGGCCAUUAAGAAGGCGACGACCACUCAGUGGUACAACGGAGAGUUGAAUAAAUAUUCUUCCCGGUUCUAUGGCAACGAGCCCGACAUGACCAACUUCGACAAAUGGGGCCACUUCAGCCAAGUCGUCUGGGUCGACACUACUACUGUUGGCUGUGCCGUCCACUACUGCCAGGCCGGUACCAUUGACAACAACGUUGGCGUCUGGUACUCUGUCUGCAACUACUACCCAGCUGGCAAUAUGCGAGGUCGUUUCGCUGAGAACGUGCUUCCUCCUGGCGGCCAGGCCACUGUAUUCGCCUAA